AUGUUCACCAAGGUCAUCUUCGCCGCCCUCGCUGCCCUCUCUGUCGUCUCUGCCGCCCCCUCUUCCGAGAAGCGAGACCAGUCCACCGGUACCGCCACCUACUACUCUGCCAACGGCGACGGCGCCUGUGGCUGGGCCAUCACCGACGACCAAGAGGUCGUCGCCGUCAACUCUGACCAGUACGACGCUUCCAAGUGUGGUCAGCAGAUCUGGGUCUGGAACGCUGCCACCCAGCGAAUCGCCUUCCCCACCGUCGCCGAUGAGUGCCCUACCUGUAGCUCUGGAGACCUCGACAUGUCCGGCACUCUCUUUGCCUACCUUGCUGAUGGCGACAUGGACCAGGGUGUCUUUGACAUGCGAUGGGGUUAUUUCUAA